CGGCCCUCUGGGUCGCGGAGCGGGAUGAACUCUGGCGCGGGCGGCGGCGGUGGCGGCGGCUGCGCUGGGGCCGCGGCGCCGUCCCGAGGGGGCAGUCCCGGAGGGGAUGGCUUUGCCCCGUCGGCGCUGGGGACUCGAGAGCAUUGGGAUGCUGUCUAUGAGAGAGAACUGCAAACUUUCCAAGAAUAUGGAGAUACAGGAGAAAUCUGGUUUGGAGAAGAGAGUAUGAAUCGGCUAAUAAGGUGGAUGCAAAAACGCGAGAUUCCAUUGGACGCUUCAGUGCUUGAUAUUGGAACUGGAAAUGGUGUUUUCUUGGUUGAACUUGCAAAAUUUGGAUUUUCUAAUAUUACUGGAAUUGAUUACUCUCCUUCUGCAAUACAGCUUUCUGGAAGUAUUAUAGAGAAAGAAGGUUUAUCUAACAUUAAGUUGAAGGUAGAAGACUUUUUGCAUCUUUCCACAGAGCUGUCUGGAUUUCAUAUUUGUGUUGACAAGGGGACUUUUGAUGCCAUAAGCCUUAAUCCUGACAGUGCAAUCGAGAAGAGGAAGCAAUAUGUGAAAUCCCUCUCCAGGGUGUUGAACGUCAAAGGCUUUUUCCUAAUAACCUCGUGUAAUUGGACCAAGGAGGAGUUGCUAAACGAAUUCAGUGAAGCUUGCAUUACCCAGAGCUCUUCAUCCAGUGAGUUGCAAGCGUGACAUUUGCUGUGUUUUCAGCACCUGCCAACUUGGAAACCAGGGUUUGUGCUCAGGACUUAGGCUUACAACCCACACUUUGUGGUGCACAAUGCUGUCCCAGCUGGCAUGCUUCGUACCUCAAUGGUGCUAGACGUUUGGUUACAAAGCUGUGCCGAUUCACAUGCGCUGAUUUCAAUAGGCAUUCCGCUUCAAGCUGCUUUCAACUCUCAUUUUGUAUCAAAGGAGUUAGAUUGGUAUCAUUAAAUUCACUGCCAUGGUUAUUUUUCAAUGAAAAUACAUUUGUUUUAUUUAGUUCUUGAAUCAAAAAGUAACUUUGUCUUCAAGAAUCGAAGUGCCUCUUAAAAAAGGUGUGUAUAUAGAUAGGGGAGAUACCUCUCUCUCUCUGUGUAGAUAUUUCUACUUACCUACCUACCUACCUACCUGUCUGUCUGUCUAUCGAUAUGAGAGAGAUCCUAGCCAGAGCUAUAAUUCCUUUUCCUCAGUGGAAAAGUUUCAGAACACAAUAUAAAAGAUCAGAAAGGAAAGAAUGGAAGGAUUAGUGUGUCCUAACAUGCAUGUGUAGGUAGGGCUGUUAGUUGUAGCUGGCUCAUAGAUGAAUAAAAUCUACAUUAGAAAAUUGUCCCCAUAGUAGAUUCAGAUUUUUGGCUUUUAUCUGUAACCAAAAACUUUCCAUAUUUUCCAAAGAAAUGUAUUUUGCUAACUUGUUUUCCGUAGCCAGUCUUUUUGAAAAUGCUUCAGGUGGACUUGGUGGUGUUUGUCUUCCCAUCAUCUAUUAUAAGCAACUUUAAAAGGUUCUGCUUUAUAAAAGAUCUUUUCAGAUUUAGAAAGGACAGUGUGAAAUGUGAAUGACUGGCUUUUAAUACAACAGUUGUGACAAAGAGGCAGUGGCUUUUGGAAGCCGAAUAAAGGGGUUAAUACACACACAUCUGUGUACUGUGCUGUUGGGUCCAAUGUAUAACAAGUUUGAUUUUUGUUUCAUUCACUUUAUGCUAAAAAAGAAUAUACUGUGUUAUUCUCAGAGACAAACUAGUUUAUGGCUUUUUAGUGGUGAGCUCUUUUUACAGCUCUAGGCACACAUAGAUUUGAUGGGUUAAACUGAACAGCAUUGACUGGUCCUUGAUCAGACUUCAAAGCUUAGCUCCUUGUUGCUUGAAUAUCACAUUCAUCUGCUUCUAAAGGCACAAAAAUAAAACACCCACUAACUACCUAGGACACUCCUUAGUGCCUAUCAGAAUCCAACCUUUACCCUCCUCUGCACAAAUGUGCUUAGGUGAAUACUUUAUUAGCUUGUUGAUACAAGUUAUAGUUGGUUACACCCUUUCUUAAUAAAAUACACCCUUACUGUCUCCUAUUGCUUAAGAGCUUUACACUUGGAAUAGGGCAACUCUGUAGUGUAGAAUUUAAUUCAGUUUAAAUUCUCCCAGACAGUUUUGAGGAGACAUGAUGGAUGCGUGCUGUACGCACAGGCGUUCCUCCCUUUGGUGGUUCUGCUUUGAGAGGGGCCAGGAGAGGCAAUAUUGCUGUGCGUUAUCCCUGUUUCAUUGAUCGGUCUUGGAGGGAGACCGUAUGGGAUCCCUGCAUUUUAUAGUUCCCAGGUG